CCCCGCCUGUUGGGGGCAGUAAUGCGCUCUCAGCGUCUAGUGGUCUUUAUGGAAAAAUACAGUACGCCCGGUAGCUAAACAAUCACAAACAUGGCGACUUACAGGCAGGUCGGGAGGUUGUUAUGGAUUUCUGCAAGACUCUCAAGUCCACUUGCUGUACGUAGGUAUCAGAGCGCUGGGUCGCAAUGGACUUCACAGCACAGAGGGCUGACUAGGAGAUAUUCACAGCCACAGCCUCCUUUUUCUGCUGUGCCUGCGAGGACCAUGUUCAUUCAGACUCAAGACACGCCCAACCCAAACAGCUUGAAGUUUCUGCCCGGCUGCAUGGUUCUUGAAUCAGGAACAAUGGAUUUUGCUGGCCCCAGAGAUGCUUACUGUUCACCCCUAGCCAGGCAGUUAUUCAGAAUAGAUGGGGUCAAAGGUGUGUUUUUGGGCCCUGACUUCAUCACCAUAACCAAGACUGGUGUGGACCUGGAGUGGAAGGUAAUCAAACCAGAUGUCUUUGCUGCCGUUAUGGACUUCUUCGCCUCAGGUCUUCCUGUUAUCAAUGAGGAGGGGACCCCUCGUGCAGAUACAGAACCUUCAGACGACGACGAUGAAGUUGUAGCUAUGAUCAAAGAACUCCUGGACACCAGGAUCAGGCCCACAGUACAGGAGGAUGGGGGAGACGUCCUGUAUCGGGGCUUCGACGAUGGCAUUGUGAAGCUCCAACUGCAAGGCUCCUGCACCAGUUGCCCCAGCUCCAUGGUCACCUUGAAGAGUGGCAUCCAAAACAUGCUGCAGUUCUACGUCCCAGAAGUAGAAGGCGUAGAGCAGGUGAAAGAUGAAGAGGAAGGAGUUGUUCAGGGCCAAGUCUAGGAGGAACCCGUCUCCCCGAAAGACCCCCAACGGAGCCCCUCAGGACUCCCUCUUACAACAUGAACAUCAUAGAGGUUUCACCACUAGCAGGGGCGCUAGCAUGAUGGCGUUUCUGGUCAUUGGCCAAUAGUAAAGUUGCUGCCAGCUAUGGGAUGGAAUGCCUCAAUCCAGCUGGGUGAUUUUCCUGCCCUCACAGUUUGUAUAAGAUGCCCUCCAAAGGACUGGGUUUUUACCCGCAGUCUAAUUCGUGGUUAUUAUCUCAGACUGUCACAUUGUGUACCUACUGUAACUCAUUACCUACCAUAAAACUAUUAUAUCUCAGACACCCCAACAUCCAUCCAUAUGUAACAUAAAUGCACUGUAUAAUGUAAAUAUAGUAUAUUGAAAUAAGAA